GCCGCCUCAGCCCCCUCACAGCAACGGCGGCGGCCGCGGCGGUUGAGUCGGUGGCGGCGGCGGCGGCCGUGGCUGCUGGCUGAGGAGCUGCGAGUUUCCGAUUUAAACCUGAGCUGCGAGGAAAAUGGCGGCGGGCGGAUCAAAAUACUUGCUGAACAGUGGAGUCAGAGACCAAUAAAAACAAACAUAAACUACUUGAACAGCAUUUGACUGGUUAGCCAGGAAUCACUUUCUUUUUAAAUAUGAAAAUUGGAAAUCAAAGCUGCACGUGCAUUUAACUUUAUUUGGAAAUAAUUUUAAACUUAAAGUUGUAAGUUUAAGUUACAACUUUAACUGGAGCAACGGCUGUGCUUUGCUGGAGCAGCUGUGAAGAGAGACCCCAUGUCCAAGUUGCUAAUGUAUAUUCACAAUGAGUGGAUUAGGAGAAAACGCCUUGGAUCCACUGGCCCCUGAUUCACGAAAACGCAAGUUGCCAUGUGAUCCUCCAGGGCAAGGCCUUGCCUGCAGUGGUGAAAAGUGGAGACGGGAGCAGGAGAGUAAAUAUAUUGAAGAAUUGGCUGAACUAAUAUCUGCUAAUCUUAGUGAUAUUGACAAUUUCAAUGUCAAACCAGAUAAAUGUGCAAUUUUAAAGGAAACAGUAAGACAGAUACGUCAAAUAAAAGAGCAAGGAAAAGCUAUUUCCAAUGAUGAUGAUGUUCAGAAAGCUGAUGUAUCUUCCACAGGACAAGGAGUUAUUGAUAAAGACUCCUUAGGACCACUCUUACUUCAGGCAUUGGACGGCUUCCUAUUUGUGGUGAAUCGUGAAGGAAACAUUGUAUUUGUGUCAGAAAAUGUCACCCAGUACCUGCAAUAUAAGCAAGAGGACCUGGUUAAUACAAGUGUCUACAAUAUAUUGCAUGAAGAAGAUAGAAAGGAUUUUCUUAAAAACUUACCAAAAUCUACAGUUAAUGGAGUUACCUGGACAAAUGAGACCCAGAGACAAAAAAGCCAUACAUUUAACUGCCGUUUGUUGAUGAAAACACCACAUGACAUUCUGGAAGACAUAAGCACCAGUCCUGAAAUGCGCCAGAGAUACGAGACGAUGCAGUGCUUUGCCCUGUCCCAGCCACGGGCUAUGAUGGAGGAAGGGGAAGACUUGCAGUCCUGUAUGAUCUGUGUGGCACGCCGCAUUACCACCGGAGAGAGAGCAUUUCCAUCAAGUCCUGAGAGCUUUAUCACUAGACACGACCUUUCAGGGAAAGUUAUUACUAUAGAUACCAAUUCACUGAGAUCCUCCAUGAGACCUGGCUUCGAAGACAUAAUCCGAAGGUGUAUCCAGAGAUUUUUCAGUCUUAAUGAUGGGCAGUCAUGGUCCCAGAAACGUCACUAUCAAGAAGCUUAUAUCCAUGGCCAUGCAGAAACCCCGCUGUAUCGAUUCUCUUUGGCUGAUGGCACUAUAGUGACUGCGCAAACAAAAAGCAAACUCUUCCGAAAUCCUGUAACAAAUGACCGUCAUGGCUUUGUCUCAACCCACUUUCUUCAGAGGGAACAGAAUGGGUAUAGACCAAACCCGAAUCCUGUUGGACAAGGCAUUAGGCCUCCAGCAGCUGGAUGCAACAGUUCGGUAGGCGGCAUGAGUAUGUCACCAAACCCAGGCUUACAGAUGCUGAGCAGCAGGACCUACGGCUUAGCUGACGCUGGCACCACGGGGCAGAUGAGUGGAGCCAGGUAUGGGGCUCCCGGUAGCAUAGCCUCCAUGAACCCCGGGCCAGGCGUGCAGUCGCCAUCUUCCUACCAGAACAGUACCUACGGCCUUGCCGUGAGCAGCCCCCCCCACGGGAGCCCCGGUCUUGGCUCCAGCCAGCAGAGCAUCAUGAUUUCUCCUCGCCAUCGAGGGAGUCCAAAGAUGGCCUCACACCAGUUUUCUCCUGUUGCAGGUGUGCACUCUCCCAUGGGAUCUUCUGGCAAUACCGGGAGUCACAGCUUUUCUAGCAGCUCUCUGAGUGCCCUUCAAGCUAUCAGUGAGGGCGUGGGGACUUCUCUUUUAUCUACACUGUCUUCGCCAGGUCCCAAAUUGGAUAAUUCUCCCAAUAUGAAUAUAACUCAACCAAGUAAAGUGAACAGUCAGGAUUCUAAGAGUCCCCUAGGCUUGUAUUGCGACCAGAAUCCAGUGGAGAGUUCAAUGUGUCAGUCAAAUAGCAGAGAUCACAUUAACGACAAAGAAGGUAAGGAGGGCAGUGUGGAAGGGUCUGAGAAUCAGCGGGCUCCUCUGGAAAGCAAAGGUCAUAAAAAGUUACUGCAGUUACUCACCUGUUCUUCUGAUGACCGGGGUCAUUCCUCCUUGACCAACUCCCCCCUGGACUCAAGUUGUAAAGACUCUUCCGUUAGUGUCACCAGCCCCUCUGGGGUCUCCUCUUCCACCUCUGGAGGUGUCUCCUCCACAUCCAACAUGCAUGGGUCAAUGCUGCAAGAGAAGCACCGGAUUUUGCAUAAGUUGCUCCAGAAUGGAAAUUCACCAGCAGAAGUAGCCAAGAUUACCGCCGAAGCCACUGGGAAAGACACUAGCAGUACGACGUCUUGCGUAGAAGGAAAUGUCAAGCAGGAGCAACUCAGUCCCAAGAAAAAGGAAAAUAAUGCUCUGCUUAGGUAUCUGCUGGACAGGGACGAUCCUAGUGACACACUCUCCAAAGAGCUCCAGCCCAAAGUGGAAGGCGUGGACAGUAAAAUGAGUCAGUGCAGCAGCUCUACCAUUCCGAGCUCGAGUCAAGAGAAAGAUGCUAAAAUUAAGACAGAAACAAAUGAAGAGGGAUCCGGAGAUUUGGAUAAUCUAGAUGCUAUUCUUGGUGAUCUGACUAAUUCUGACUUCUACAAUAAUUCCAUAUCCACAAGUGGUAGUAAUCUGGGAACUAAGCCACAAAUGUUUCAAGGAGCUAAUUCUCUGGGUUUGAGGAGUCCACAGUCUGUGCAGUCUGUCCGUCCUCCGUAUAACCGGGCAGUGUCUUUAGACAGUCCUGUUUCCGUUGGCUCAAGUCCUCCAGUGAAGAAUAUUGGUGCUUUCCCCAUGUUACCAAAGCAACCCAUGUUGGGCGGCAAUCCAAGAAUGAUGGAUAGUCAGGAAAAUUACGGCUCAAAUAUGGGUGGACCAAACAGAAAUGUGACUGUGAAUCAGGCGCCUUCCUCAGGAGACUGGGGCUUACCGAGCUCAAAGGCCAGCCGCAUGGAACCUGUGAAUUCAAAUGCCAUGGGAAGACCAGGAACUGAUUAUAAUGCUUCUUUACCCAGACCUGCCAUGGGCGGCUCGCUGCCCGCCAUGCCACUUCGGUCCAAUAGUGUCCCAGGUGCGAGACCGGUGAUGCAGCAACAGCAGCAUCAGCAGCCGCAGCCGCAGAUGCUUCAGAUGCGGCCUGGUGAGAUUCCCAUGGGGAUGGGGGUCAGUCCUUAUGGCCAAGCAGCACCAUCAAACCAACCUGGUUCCUGGCCAGAUGGCAUGUUGUCCAUGGAACAAGGCCCUCAUGGGACCCAAAAUAGGCCAAUUCUUAGGAAUUCCCUGGAUGAUCUCCUUGGGCCACCUUCUAACCUAGAAGGCCAGAGUGAUGAAAGAGCAUUGUUGGACCAGUUGCACACACUCUUGAGCAACACAGAUGCCACAGGCCUGGAAGAGAUUGACAGAGCUCUGGGCAUUCCUGAACUUGUAAAUCAGGGACAAGCUUUGGAGCCCAAACAGGACACUUUCCAAGGCCAAGAAGCAGCAGUAAUGAUGGAGCAGAAGGCAGCAUUAUAUGGGCAGACGUACCCGGCGCAGGGGCCUCCGAUGCAAGGAGGCUUUAAUCUUCAGGGACAAUCACCACCUUUUAACUCGAUGAUGAAUCAGAUGAACCAGCAAGGCAGUUUUCCUCUCCAGGGAAUGCACCCUCGGGCCAACAUCAUGAGACCCCGAACAAACACUCCCAAGCAACUUAGAAUGCAGCUUCAGCAGAGGCUGCAGGGCCAGCAGUUUUUGAAUCAGAGCCGUCAGGCACUUGAAAUGAAAAUGGAAAACCCCACUGCUGGCGGGACGGCGGUGAUGAGGCCCAUGAUGCAGCCGCAGGUCAACUCCCAGCAGGGUUUCCUUAACGCUCAGAUGGUCGCCCAGCGCAGCAGAGAGCUGCUGAGCCAUCACUUCCGGCAGCAGAGGGUGGCGAUGAUGAUGCACCAGCAGCAGCAGCAGCAGCAGCAGCAAACCCAGGCCUUCAGUCCACCUCCCAAUGUGACUGCGUCUCCCAGCAUGGACGGGGUCCUGGCCGGGCCUGCCAUGCCGCAAGCUCCACCCCAGCAGUUUCCAUACCCACCAAAUUACGGGAUGGGACAACAACCAGAUCCAGCCUUUGGUCGAGUGCCUAGUCCUCCCAAUGCAAUGAUGUCAUCAAGAAUGGGUCCCUCCCAGAAUCCCAUGAUGCAGCAUCCUCAGACCACACCCAUGUAUCAGUCCUCAGAAAUGAAGGGAUGGCCGUCAGGAACCCUGGCCAGGAACAGCAGCUUUCCCCAGCAGCAGUUUGCCCACCAGGGGAACCCUGCAGCGUACAGCAUGGUGCACAUGAACGGCAGCAGUGGUCCCAUGGGACAGAUGAACAUGAACUCCAUGCCCAUGGCUGGCAUGCCCAUGGGUCCUGAUCAGAAAUAUUGCUGACAUGUCUACACCAUGACCUCCAAGGAAAUCACUGUACAAAUGACCCCGCGCUAGGAUUCCCGGGAGUGGUGAGGCAUUGUUCUAGGCACCCAGCUUGGAAGAAAGGACCAGCUCCAGUCUCCAUCAACGGUAUUUCAAGUGAUGUCAUUUGAGCAGGACUGAAUUUUAAGCUGAAGUGUGGUAUCUACCUGUUUUCUUUCCCUCCUCCUACGUAUCAUGGUGUUUAAAACAAAUAUUUUUGGCAUUCUGCCUUUUGGGGAUAUGAUUCUGGAGGUACGGAGUGUUACUGAUUGCAAACUGUCCUGUGUCACUUUUUUUCUGCUUGGCUGUCCAGAGUCUUUGGAAAAAAUGGAGGUGGGGCCAGAGAACAUUGGAGAAAUCAAGAGAUGAGAACAUCUGGUUUCUUGAUAGUUGCUACAGUACUGGGUGAAGAGUGUGGUCCACUUAUGAGGGUUUUUGUCACAGGCUCUGUCUUGUGAAGGUGGCAUUUCCAGGUUCUCCUUUAAGGAUAGCUCCCACCCUCCCCUUGGUUGUCCUAGGCUUUUUCCUAAAUAGGAUUUUUAUCUGCUCCUAACGUCCUAUAAUACUUCACCUCCAGGAAUUGUCCUUGAUGUCAGAUGGCUUUGCAGAAGGGAAAUGGACGACAGUAUUUAAUUGCAGCGGUGGCAGUUUUUCACUUGCUGACGUGCAGCCGAGUGCACUUUAUUUAAAAAGUAAUGGAUACAUGCAAUAUUCUCUCGGUCUUGAGGAAUGGUGAACCACAUUCCUAGUUGUUGUCUAAACUUACCUCUUGGACAAGAACUAUGAUUUUUGUUGUGAAAAGUACUGGUUUCACCCUUUGCCUAUAUGGUAGAGCAAUAAUGCUUUUUGAAAAUAAACUGCAGAAACCCCAAGGCCAGGUACUGCAUUCUGAAUCAGAAUUUCGCAGUGUUUCUGUGAAUAGAUUUUCUUUUGUAAAUAUGACCUUUAAGAUUAUUGUAUGAUGUAACAUAUGUAUAUAUACUUUUUUUUUUUUUGUAGGCCACAACAACUCAUUUUUACAGAGUUUGUGAAGCUAAAUAUUUAACAUUGUCAGUUUCAGUAAGUUCAGUGUGGUGAGGUUACCAACAGAAGUCGUGCCCUGAAUUUUGUGGCCUGGGGGAGGGGCCGUGGCCAACAGGUUUUCCUUGCCCCUAGCCUUAGAUUCCUCGCUCCUGUUCAGUCUCUUAAUCUAAAUGCUUUUUAAAGUGAUCAUUUAAAUGUAGGCAUUUACAUUUUUUAAAAACAAUUUCUCUACCAGAUUAAGCACUUCGUUAAUUUGGGGGGAGAGAACAGAUAAGGGGAAAUACACUUAAGAAAAAAUCAAGAAUUUUAAAAGAUCAAGCAAUUUGAUUUCAAAGAAGAAUGUUGGAUUUUUAGGCAGUCCAUAAAUAGCAAGUCAUGGUAUUUUUUUUUUUUUUAAUUGAACGUGUCAUCUUCUCAUCCAUUUUAGGAGUGCUCUAAGGUUUUGGUUGCUAGGACUUGAAUCCCACAUUGAGAUCUCAGGCGUAGAAUCCUUGAUGUGUGGUUUCUGGUAUCUGCUCAACUGUCUUGUCCUUCUCCUACUGUGAUGUCCCAAGAAUCAGAGGAAGUAGCAUCAUGGUUGUUUCCUAAAGAGUUCUGUCUGCAGAGCAGCCACUUUCAUGUGAUUCAGAGCCAGGGUCUGACUGGCGCCUUUGUAUUCCCUCUCUCCUCCUCCGCCACCCCUUUCAGCUGCUGCCACUUGUCAGUUGGGAAUAGGGAAGAAAGUCAAGUUUGAUUCCCUUUACCUGGCUUACUUUAUCAGGUUCAAGCAGUUGAAUGAAAUGGGGUUUUUAGACUUAUCUAUGAAUUUCAUAUGUCUGUUAGCCUUGGUGUCAUUUCUUAGCAAUAACUGAGAGCCAGUUAAAAUUUUUUUCACCCAUUUAGCCAAUCUUUCUAGCUGUCUCUGAAGGUAAGAUCAUUUGAUUUCUUUGACUUGCGUAUGGCUAAGUGAAACCUGUAUUUCCAGAAACACCACUAAAGUGGAUUUGAGUUUCGCACUCCCCCACCUGGUUAAAAGUAAAUCUAAGACUACAAAUCCAUUAGCUUCCAUCCCAGGGGCCUGCACUUUGCAGAUAACACAUCCCUUGGUCUGGAGACCGAGGCAGAGCUGAGUAAGAGUCUCUUUUUAGACACAGUUGCAUCAGGUAUAUCUGAACCUUUCUUGAAGUUGCAUGUAUGUGGGGAGAAAUAGAAUGGUGCUCUUACCUUUCUUGACUUUUAAUUAAAAACUCAGUUUUGGAAUUCUUUUUCUCAGUCCAUUCUGACUCCAGGCUAAGUGGAAGGCAACACCCCCUUUUUAUAUGGAAGAAAAGUGAAGUUUAUUAUGUUUUUAUAUUUUCUACUUGUUCAUUUUAUUGGUGCAAAUUUAAGAUUUUGGUUUUCUUUUAAUAGAUGGCAGUCUUUGAGAUAAUUUGUUAUUUUUACCUUAAUUCCCCUUUUAUUUUUUAUGGAUAAUUCUUUGUACUUCUGCUGCCUACCUCUCCUCCACCCCCCUCCCAUCACUUUUUAAACCUUAGUAUCUGUUGGGUGAACAGUAUAAGUAACAUUUUCAUCUGCUUUUAGAAUGUGAGAUAUUUCCAGUACCUACUUUUUUGCUGAAUCCAAAGAUAUAUAAAUAUAAAUAUAUAUUUUAUAAAGAUCAAAAUGAUAUAAAGGAGAUAACAUUUCUUCCUUUUAAAAAACAAAUAGAAAUCCAUUGUUAAUGUUCAUAUUAUGAUGCCACUUUUCUAAAUCAUGCGUCUUGAUGGAAAGGUGUAAAUACCAAUCGGCAGGAUGCUUAAUCAGUAUUGAAUGUCUGAGGUGAAUUGGGGUGUAUAGGGGUGGGCACUACAGAACAUAGUUGGCUUGCUGUCCUGUGAGUUUCAUGAUCCAUAGACCAAUGCAGCUGAAAAGUAAACAGAAUGGUUUGCCAGUUACCCACAUGCCUGUUCAGUUAGUUCCCUUUUUAUUUGCAGAAGCCAUGCAUUUGUUGGCAAGUGGGAAAUUCAUGGUAGUAAAGCCGCUCGGACAGAUGAACUGUCCCCUUCUGCAGAAGAGCAGGAGCUGCUGUUCAGCUCCAGGCAGACUGUGUAGUCAUGAGCAGGGUGUUUUCUUUCUCUCUCUCUCUUUUGAAGAAGAUGGAAAUGUCAUUCUGAGAGCAAGAUUUAAAUUCUCAGGAAUUGACUUACAGUACUGAGAAUGAAUUAACUUUAAAACAAGUUUACAUUAAAUGUUUGUAAAAAAUAAAAAUCAUGCUUUACACUGCAGAGAAUUCAAACCACAUGGGCUAACUUAUGAGACAGUUGAGUGGUAAGCUAUGACUCCUUUGAUCAUUUUGGACAUCAUUGUAAAUAAAGGUUUCUAUUUAAAAUUGAA